AUGUUCAAACAGGAAGGAUCUGUUCGAGAUUCUCGCCUGCUCGAAUCCGGAAAUCAUCAACGUUCGGGGAUUGCGGUCGAGGAAUCGUUUGCCGACAAUGAGGAACAUUCGUUCAAUUUCGAUUUAGCGUCAACGAGUCAAACUCAUCUUGACCUUUUGGCGCAAGCUCACUGUCUGGUAAGCAGUCCACCGCGGGAUACUUCACCACCGACGGCCAAGCGAUCUCGUAACUCAAACGGCGAUCCAAAUAAGGAUUAUCAUACUUGUCAGAUGUGUGGGACACGGGUGAAAGCACCACGGGGUGGUCGAUGGAAUCUUCAGAUGCACGUGAUGGCAAUGCAUUCGUCCUUUCGACCGUAUAAAUGCCGUUCUUGCGAUUUCCAAGAUUAUCGGAAGCCCGGAAUGCGGAAGCACUGUAUACUUACUCAUGGAGAGGACAUGGAUCCUGUUGACAUUAGUAACGAUGUAAAAAGAGCGGAAUGGGACAGUGUGAUGCGACGAUGCUUCCCCGAGUUCGGCUAUCGAACCGGAUUUCUGAUCGAUCAGAAAUCAGCUCCAGUUAUUGCCCCAGAGACGUCCUCCUGA